UUGUUUAUUUUGCACUGGCCAUUUUGUGUUCGGAAUUCAAACUGUAUGCAACUAAAGACAAUCUAGAAGGUCGUAUAGUCGAUGGAGAGGAUGUGAAAAUUCGAAAGUACCCUCAUGCCGUGUUUUUAGAAGUGAUAAAAACUGAUGAUUCAACUCACGUGUGUGGCUCAUCGGUAUUGAAUCAGCAUUUUCUACUGACUGCUGCCCACUGUUUCGGUAAUAAUGAAAGAGAGAUGGAGGACAAAAUUCUGGCUUAUGCAGGUCAUGAAAAUCUGAAAAAGACUAAUAUAGUAAGAAAAACACGCUCACCAAUAGUACACGAGAGGUAUGACUUUGAAGAAAUAGUGAAUGAUAUAGCAUUAGUCUACUUACCUCGCGCAUUGCCUUUGGGCAAGAAUGUUAUGCGAAUCAUCAUAACGAAAUCUUUCCCAUUGAGCACCAAAGGUACCAUAGCUGGAUGGGGUGUUAUAAAUGAUUUAACUAAUGAAGAGACAAUAUUACUCAAAGCAAUAACACAAACAGUAAAGAGCAAGAGGACGUGUUCUCGAGUGACCUCUGGACCGGGAAUGCUGUGUGCGGGGAGCUUGCGGAGUUCGGACCCCAGACCGGCGGAAGGAGACUCAGGCAGUGGAUUAAUAACUCAAAACUAUCAAUUAAUAGGACUCCUGUCCUACAAAAUGACAGCCUUACCCGCUCUACCGGUCUAUACCAAUGUUUCAUAUUACUAUAAUUGGAUUAAGUAUCACAUUAAAAAAAGGUGUAUGAAAAAUUAA